ACUCCACCUUUAUAAAUAAAGUCUCCCUUGAUGUAUCCACCCUAAGACAUCCACUUGUUUCACCAAAGAAGACCACCUCUGCCAAGUGUUGAGAGACACGCAGAUAGAGAGAGAGAGAUGACAACCAAUAUGAAAACUCAGGCUGAUGAUCAAAUGGUUCUCCUCUCCCAGUAUUAUCCUGGGAUAUAUGACCAACUGAUGCCAGAACAAGGAGAAGUUGUGAAACCACGAAGAAGACGGAAGAAGAGCAAAACAGACGGUGGCAGUAGCGGGAUGAAAAAAAGGAAGCUCAGUGAUGAGCAAGUGAACCUCCUUGAGCAAAACUUUGGAAAUGAACAUAAACUGGAAUCAGAAAGAAAGGAUCGGCUUGCCUCCGAGCUCGGGCUUGACCCGCGCCAAGUUGCUGUUUGGUUUCAGAACAGGCGGGCUCGCUGGAAGAGUAAGAAGCUGGAAGAGGAAUACUCCAAGCUCAAGAGUGAACAUGACUCCACUGUUCUUGAAAAAUGCCGCCUCGAAACUGAGGUUCUAAAGCUGAAGGAACAACUCUCAGAAGCUGAAAAGGAGAUAAACAGGCUAGUGGAGCGGUCGGAUGGAAUAUCGAGCACAAGCCCGAGUUCAUCCUUCUCUAUGGAGGCUAUGGAGCCACCUUUUCUUGGGGGGUUUGGGAUGGAAGGAUUGGAGAAUGUAUUUUGCUUGCCAGAAAACAACUAUAUACAUGGAUUGGAUUGGCUGAACAUCUAAUUAGGGAAAAAUGUAAUUAAAUAAUUUUAGUAUUGUAGUCUUGUAGAUAGCGACAUCUAAUGUACAUCUUUUCUCCUUGCUUUCUGGUUAAUGUUCUUGGUGUUUUCUGGACUAGCAAUUGUUGUAUCAUUACUCGAGUCCUUGACUAAAUAGAAAACGCUAGUAGGUAGUCA